ACGCCCCCCGGGUCCCGUAUGUUCUCGUCUCCGGAACACGGGGAAUGCGAGCGAGUACACGGGAGGAUGUGCGAUAGGAUGGAGUGUACUGGAGGAACUUUGUCUGUUAAAUCCGCUAAGACAUAAAACAGCCAUUUAUUUAACGUGUCCGGCUUUCAGUAAAGAAGACCCUGUAUCACCUUUAAACGGGCUCGGUUUGUUGGCUUGGCUUGUGUCGUGUGGUUGAUCUGCGAAUGCUGGAGCACACGGGCGCAGGUAGUGCACGCGCGCGCGGAUCCUAGACACACGGGGCACGGGCUCGGCAUCUACACGCUUACCGUUUACCGGAGGAGGGGAAUGUUAUCGGUACUUUCCUAUGGCAGGAUCGUUGCCAGGGCUGUCCUGGGCGGACUCUCGCAAACGGACGGCAGAGACUACAGCCUGAUCACGGCCAGCUGCGGCUUCGGGAAGGACUUUCGGAAGGGGAUCCUGAAGAAAGGCAUGUGCUACGGCGAUGAUGCCUGCUUCAUUGCCCGGCACAAGUCCGCGGACGUCUUGGGUGUUGCGGAUGGCGUCGGGGGCUGGAGGGAUUACGGCGUUGACCCAUCUCAGUUCUCCGCCACACUGAUGAGGACGUGCGAGCGGCUCGUGAAGGAGGGCCGGUUCACUCCCAGCAGCCCCGUGGGCAUCCUGACCUCCGGCUACUAUGAACUCCUGCAGAACAAAGUACCUCUGCUGGGGAGUAGCACAGCUUGUAUAGUCGUUCUGGAUCGUCGGAGUCACAGGAUACACACCUGUAACCUGGGAGACUCGGGCUUCUUGGUGGUUCGGGGUGGAGAGGUGGUCCAUCGGUCAGACGAGCAGCAGCACUACUUCAACACACCCUUCCAGCUGUCCAUAGCUCCGCCGGGGGCUGAGGGAGUGGUGUUGAGCGACAGUCCUGAGGCGGCAGAUAGCUCCUCCUUUGAUGUCCAGUUAGGGGACAUUAUUUUGACUGCUUCUGAUGGCCUCUUUGACAACAUGCCGGACUACAUGAUCCUGCAAGAACUCAAGAAACUAAAGAACACCAACUAUGAUAGCAUCCAGCAGACUGCCCGCAGCAUCGCUGAACAGGCUCAUCAGUUGGCCUACGACCCCAACUACAUGUCCCCUUUCGCCCAGUUUGCCUGUGACAACGGGCUGAAUGUAAGAGGGGGGAAGCCUGAUGACAUCACAGUGCUGCUGUCCAUUGUGGCAGAAUACACAGACUGAGCGCGCUCAGUGGAGCUUGCUCCUCUCGUACACCUGUGUCUUCCACCCCGUCCUAUUGCACUGCUCCCCAUCUCACAUCUCCAAGCACCCCUUUCCAUUCUUCCAUUUCUCGAGUAGAUCUCCAGUCAGCGCAGAGAGGAGAGCAUGAACCUGUGGUUGGGUGGUGAUGCAAGUGGUA